AUGUGGUCCCUCCAAAGACACUUUAAGACAUCCGAGGACACUGUAAAUACAUCAGAAGACACUGUAAAUACAUCAGAAGACACUGUAAAUACAUCCGAAGACACUGUAAAUACAUCCGAAGACACUGUAAAUACAUCCGAAGACACUGUAAAUACAUCCGAAGACACUGUAAAUACAUCCGAAGACACUGUAAAGACAUCCGAAGACACUGUAAAGACAUCCGAGGACACUGUAAAGACAUCUGAGGACACUGUAAAGACAUCCGAGGACAAUGUAAAGACAUCCGAAGACACUGUAAAGACAUCCGAAGACACUGUAAAGACAUCCGAAGACACUGUAAAGACAUCCGAGGACACUGUAAAGACAUCCGAGGACACUGUAAAGACAUCCGAAGACACUGUAAAGACGUCCGAAGACACUGUAAAGACAUCCGAAGACACUGUAAAGACAUCCGAAGACACUGUAAAGACAUCCGAAGACACUGUAAAGACAUCCGAGGACACUGUAAAGACAUCCGAAGACACUGUAAAGACCUCCGAGGACACUGUAAAGACAUCCGAAGACACUGUAAAGACAUCCGAAGACACUGUAAAGACAUCCGAAGACACUGUAAAGACAUCUGAAGACACUGUAAAGACAUCCGAGGACACUGUAAAGACAUCCGAAGACACUGUAAAGACAUCCGAGGACACUGUAAAGACAUCCGAGGACACUGUAAAGACAUCCGAGGACGCUGUAAAGACAUCCGAAGACACUGUAAAGACAUCCGAGGACGCUGUAAAGACAUCCGAGGACACUGUAAAGACAUCCGAAGACACUGUAAAGACAUCCGAAGACACUAAGACAUCUCGGACACAGUGA